AUGACGGCGAUCCGGGCCCUCCUGCUCUGCUCCUGCCUGGGGCUGCUGCGGCCGGGCUGGGGCCAGCCCUUCCUCCGGCUGCGGCCCUCGCCCAGCGACAACCUGCCCGUCAAAGACAUCGUGGAGCACCCGGACCCCGAGUACGACCCCAAGGAGCAGGACCUGGACGAGCGGACUUUAAGGAAGAAGCUGGGAAGCCAUUUCGACCCCAGCUUCAUGGCUGUGGUGGUGCCGACCCCGGCGAACGCCUCGGGCGCCGAGGCGGCGGCAGCGGCGGCGGGGCGGGCGCGGGCGGCGGCGCCGCUGCCCGCGGAGCUGCGGCGGCUGGAGCUGGGCGCGCCGCCCCACGGGCCGCGCCUCAAGGUGGGCAAGAAGGCGCGGCGGAAGGUGCUGCAGUGGCUCUGGGCGUACACCUACUGCCCCGUGCUCUACACCUGGAAGGACCUGGGCGUCCGCUUCUGGCCCCGCUACAUCAAGGAGGGCAACUGCUUCGCCGAGAAGUCCUGCUCCUUCCCCGAGGGCAUGUUCUGCAAGCCCGUCAAGUCCGUCACCAAGACCUUCCUGCGCUGGCACUGCCAGGGCUGGUCCAGCCAGAAGUACUGCACCUGGAUCCCCGUGCAGUACCCGCUCAUCUCCGAGUGCAAGUGCUCCUGCUAG